AUGGCUACCGAUUUCGAAAGGCCGGACUGGCUCGCAAAGGUCGGAAGAAAAUACAGAUCCGUUGAGGAGUACCGUCACAAAGACAGCUUAGGGCGCGUGUGGAUAGGCCGUGAAGAUGACCGUUACUUGAGUGCUACGGAUGGGCGACUAGUAGAACUGGUAGUUCAAGCGUCCGGGGAUAUAUGCCAUGGCCCCGCCAACUCGACCUGGGCUCGGAAGAGAAUUGAGGAGACUACCCCGACGAUACUUCGAGUUGUGUACUCGCUUUUGGGACGACAGCUUCAGAAUGAUCAGGACGCAUGGUCAAGGGUUAGCAUGUGCUUGGAGUGGCUUCCGUCCUGUGUGACCAUCGCUGGUCUGGUAAAACAGCUUUUAGCUCCAUAUCUUGGUGGAGAGUUAAGAAACAAUGGCCAUUACGAACAGUUCAAGUAUCACUACUGGGGCUAUUCAACGGCUUCAACCAAUCUUCACGAGUUGGCAAACGGGAUAUCAAAGCGGCCUCUACGUCCGAGACGGCUGUGCUUGCUUCAAGACAACGGGGUAAUUGUCAUCGUUAACGUCGAAGAAUGGGAGGCAGCGUAUGGCAGCCUCGAGUAUCUGUUCAUAUGCUAUACCACUGAGCAGUACAGUCAUGAGUCGAACGAAGACAUGGAUGAACUUCAUCGCAUUGCUAAAGCUGCUAUCCGGACGGCAGGGGUUGCGGCUUACUGGAUCGCGUGCAGUUGCAUGCCUGAUGAUGACGACCAAUUUGAAGACAUCUACCGGAUCAGCGACGUCGUGCGGGGUGCCCAAGCCUUGGUGGUGAUUAUUGGUCCCUCUCCAGGUCUCAAGUCAGAGGAAGGUGAAAUGCUCCGUCAUUUGGGAAGUCGACUGUGGACCUUUCCUGAGGUCCUCCUAAGCCCAUCGGGCCAACCAAUCUCCAUAUACAAGCGUGAUUGUCCCCCAGAUUCCUUCCGGGUUCUAUCGAAGCGGAACUUCGCAAUUGAAGCCUGGGGAGACACCACUGUCUCAAGGGAGCUUAUUGAUCAUUAUGAAGGUUCAAUUAUACUCAGCCCUCUCGAGCUGGUCUCCAUCGCCUUACAAUGCUUUCCGAACCGUGAAACCACGAGGUACUAUAAAGGAGACCUUUCGUACGCCCUGAUGGGCUUGUUACGACGUCGUCCAAGUGUUAACCCGAAUGACUCGGCCUUUGAAGCCUUUUGUCGAUUGUCUUGGGCCAACGACAGCGAUCGGGUGCUUGAGAGGCUGCCUUGGUAUGAGAUCAACGACUUCUGGGGCAGUCAUCUUUGGGACAUUGAACCUCUUUGCCAAGUUGUCGGCUUCGGUGGCAAAGACACUGUGAUUAUGAGUGGUGCUUUUGGUGCUCCGAUUCGUUGGACAUCCUUGGAGCCGGUUAACAUGUUGAUGCGUAAGACGGCAAAACGUUCGGUAGCCAGAUUUGUUCUUCGCAGCACUCCUGGCUGGAUUGUUAUAGGCGUUAUGUCGCUAGCAAUUACCCGGUCCAGAACAGGAACAGACGCCUACCUUGCAUUCACUGUGAUCGGGUGGAUAUUCAUAGGCCUGUAUAUUUUGGUCAUGUUGGUGUCUCCGUACCUAAUAUCCAUUCUUUAUGUUGGGAAGACAUGGGCGUCACAGCCAUGGCUGUUCGGAUUUGAGGGCUACAUGGAGAUUGGUGAGAUCGAACAGCUGGUCUUCGGUAUUAACCUCGGCCGUUUGAAGUGGAGUCCCUAUUCCAGCGAUCUCUCGCUUCAUGUAUCCCAGAACGGUGAGUGCGUGGGGAAAGAUCCCACUUGCAGAGAAUCCACCGCACAGUUUGUGUCCGCUGCCCAAAACUCGCGGUAUGGAGAGCUCAAGCUCUUCACCUUGGUUGAUACGAACACCUUGACCGUCACCUUAUUCCGGGCUCGCCGCCCGCCGGUGGCAAUGCUACUUUGCGGCAGCGAGGGUGGUAUGCAGCGAGCGCUGCUCUGUUCUUAUGAUUGGAAAUCCCAGACCCUCUAUCGCGAGAAUGUCCUGCGGGUGGACACGCUCGUCUUGGACAAGAUGUCACGGGUGGACAGAUUCCGGCUUGGUCUGAACAGGCCUAUGGCGGAGACGGUAAGGGUCACUUGCCGAACGUGA